AUGGCUCGAGGUCCUCGGACUGUCCCAUUAACCGACCCUCAAGGUCGUCGACUUCGAUGGCCGAUAGAUAUUUGGGACAUUCAUGUUUACUCAAGGGAUGCUGAAUCGGUCAUCUUUGUGCCUAGUUCCCGAUUCUGGGUCGAAAAUCAGGCCGACGACCUGGAUGCUUUGUGGCGAGAGGAUACAGAGGCUCUCGACUGCUUCAAAACUUCAUACGCUUAUAACAUGAUUGACCAGGAUCAUCCAAGAAUUGUACCUGUUAUCGGUCAAGAUGCAUGGACGGGCCUUCCUAUCCUCAAGAAGCCGUCGUAUAGCUCACUUUGGACGUUUAUCCAGAACUAUGGCUCUCAGAAUUUCCCCGGCUCUUUCUUCAGCGGCAUCGAGUUUUCGCCAGAAUACCUCCCUCUUUCGCGCUCAGUGCGAGUACCAACGCUCAAAACCGAUAUGUUCAUGUUUGGUAGAUUAGUUGAUCAGAUCAUGACCUCUGAACUACCAGGUGAUGGAAUGGGGAGAGAUUGGGGCGAAACUGAACGCUUGAUGACCGAGGAGGACUGGAUGCCUGAUCUUGAAGAUGUAUUCAUGCGAAGGAUUCUUCAUAAAUGCUGGAAGUUUGACUGUGAGGAUAUUGAAGAGCUUCAAAGUGAUGUACAUGCGUUUGUUGAAGGACAAGGGUGGAAUAUCAGAGGUGAUGAGCUUGAGGGUUUCGACGUUGAUAGUAUCCAUCGCCAACUCGAAGCCAAUUUUGUUCCGGAAGAUAAGGAGUAG